CUGUUAUCACAUCCGCCCUGAGUGCCGAGUGUGUUGUGUGAGAUUUCGCUUUUUUUCUCCCAUUAAGAAUGAUUUUACUAGAAACCAACAACAGAAUUAUAGAGGAGACACUGAGGCUCAAGUUUAAAAAUGCUCAGUCUGCGAACAAGCCCGAGGCUAUCGACGUCACGAUUGCAGACUUCGAUGGCGUUCUGUAUCAUAUAUCAAACCCAAAUGGAGACAAGACGAAGAUAAGGAUUAGCAUAUCCCUAAAGUUUUAUAAGGAGCUUCAAGAACACGGCGCAGAUGAGCUUCUGAAGCGAGAAUAUGGGUCGUUACUGACGGAAUCUGAGACAGGAUACAAUGUCAGCCUGCUUUAUGACCUCGAAAAUGUUCCCACGGAUUUUGAAAGCUUGAUCAGCAAAGCGGGACAGUUGAAACGGAACUGCUUUGCAUCUGUCUUUGAGAAGUACUUUGACUUUCAAGAACGUGGUGAAGGCGCAGACAAGAGGGCCGUGAUACACUACAGGGACGAUGAGACCAUGUAUGUUGCUGCAAAGCCUGAUAGAGUGACAGUCGUGUUCAGCACCAUCUUCAGGGAUGACAAUGACGUGGUCAUAGGAAAGGUCUUCAUGCAGGAAUUCAAGGAAGGGCGUAAAGCGAGCCACACGGCACCACAGGUCUUGUUCAGUCACAGGGAACCCCCCUUAGAGCUGGAAAACACUGAUGCCCGUGUUGGCAACAAUGUGGGUUACAUUACUUUUGUCCUCUUCCCAAGGCAUACCAGUCGCCAGGCACGUGAUAACACGAUAAAUUUGAUCCACACCUUCAGAGACUACCUGCACUACCACAUCAAGUGCUCCAAAGCCUACAUUCACUCAAGAAUGCGAGCCAAAACAUCAGAUUUCCUGAAGGUGCUAAACCGUGCAAGGCCAGACCCUGUUUCUGUGGAGAAGAAGACAAUCACGGGACGUACAUUUACGAGGAACUAGGCAUUGACCCCCUUGCUAACUAUGUACGGUCUGCUUUCACAGCAGUUAAAACCUUUAACACUGGCACCGGUACCACUGCAGGCCGAUCUUGUUGUGUUUGAUAAGAGUUUUAAUUAUGUUUGUUCUUUUCAUAUAUAAUCCUGUACAACACCGAAACGCAUGAGAAUAGCAUUGUGAUUAUUUCAUUUUGAAUGCAGCCAUGUCCCAUGGUAAUUAUUUAAAGCUGUAAAUGGAGUAAGCAUUUACACAUUAUAUUGCAGAACAUGCUGCGAUGGGGCUGUGAUUGUACAUACUUUGUCUGCCAAAUAAACAGUUUUUCAUACA